AUGGCGGCGAGAGCAGCAGCAAGUCGCCUGGAGGAAGAGAGCGCCGCCGCCGUUGUCCGCUGGAACCGCCUCAUCGCCGGCGGAGCCCGCCGUGAUCCCCCUGCGGCGCUCCCCCUCUACCGCGGCAUGCUGGCAGCGGGCUCCCGCCCCAACCACCACACCUUCCCCUCCCUCCUCAUCGCCGCCGCCGCCCUCCGCCACCCCCUCCUCCCCCUCCUCCUCCACGCUCACCUCCUCCGCCUCGGCCUUCUCCACCGACACCGCCACUCCACCGCCGCCCUCCUCCACCUCUACGGCAAAUCCUCCCUCCCGGAGCUUGCCGCCCGCCUCUUCCACGAGAUCCCCCGCCACUGCCUCGACCCCUUCCACUGGACAGCCCUCGUCACUUCCUUCUCCGCCAACGGGCUCCUCCCGCAGGCUUUCCAAGCUUUCUCCCGCAUGAGGAACUCCGGCGAUGGGGACGGCGACGCCGGCGCCGCCCCCAUCGCGGCGCUCGUCUCCUCCUCCGGCAAGCUCCGCCAUGGCCAGAUGCUCCACGCACUGGCCAUCAAGCAGGGGCUCGACGGCAACGUUCGCAUGGCCAACACCUUCGUCCAUAUGUACGCAAGAUGCGGCGGCGCCGCCGCCGCCGGCGACUGCUUCAGGUCGAUCCCACCGGCCAUGCGGGACGUGGUCUCGUGGAACACGGUGAUCUCCGGGCUCACCAUGAACGGGGAGAACAGCUCCGCACUCGCAGUGUUCGAGGAAAUGCUCGCCGCCGGCGAGCCCCCUAACCGGGUCACCGUCGUCUCCGUCCUCAAGACGGCGGCGCAGCUCGGCUGCCGCGAGACCUCCCGGCAGCUCCGCCGCUACGUCCUCUCCCGCCGCCCGCCGGCGGCAGCGGAGGACGACGUGGUAGUCAUGACGGCACUGGUGGACAUGCAGGCGAGAUGCGGCGAUGUGGAGAUGGCGAGGGAGACCUUCGAUGGAAUCGCAGGGAAGAACGUCGUCUCCUGGAGCGCCAUGAUCGCCGGCUACGAGCAGGCAUCACUGCCGGAGGAAGCUCUCUCGCUCUUCAAGCUGAUGAUGGCGGAAGGAGGGGUAAACCCUAAUGAUGUCACCUUCCUCAGCGUGAUAUCCGCCGCCGCGGCUGUCGGCGCCACCCGCCUGGCGGCAGCGAUCCACAAGCUGGUGGCCUCCGCUGGCGCCGGGGAAGACGCGGGCGUCUUCUCCGCCCUCGUCGACAUGUACGCCAAAUGCGGAGAGCUCCUUCUCGCGAGGAGGCUCUUCGCAGAGAGAGACCUCUCCAAGAUGAGCUACACCUCCUGGACAGCCAUGAUCGGAGCGGAGGGCAUCCACGGCGGCGGCCGGGAAGCUCUCUCUCUCUUCCAGCAGAUGCAGGAGCAAGGUUUCAGACCCAACGACGUCACCUUCGUCAACCUCAUCUCCGCCUGCGGCCAUGCCGGCCUGGUGGAGGAAGGAAUCUCCUGCUUCGAGGCCAUGGAGAGGGAUCAUGGGGUCUCCCCCAACCAGAAGCACUACUCCUGCGCCGUUGACCUUCUCGGUAGAGCGGGGAGGUUGCAGGAGGCCUUCGAGCUGGUCGAGAAGAUGCCCAUGGAGGCCGAUCCUCCGGUGUGGGGCUCCCUCCUCGGAGCCUGCCGCAUCCAUGGAAAUACUCGCCUAGCGAAGCUCGUGGAGGGGAGAAUUCUGGGUUCGCCCAAUCCAUGGAGCAGUGCAGGUCACCUGGUUCUUCUGGCCAACCUGUACAACCGAGGAGGAAGAAGGGAAGACGCCAUUAGAGUUAGAGUUGGGCUGAAGAAGAGCCACCUGAGGAAGGUCCCCGGCCGGAGCUUCGUCGCUGUGGGGAACGCAGUGUACGGCUUUACGGCGGAGGACAGGUCCCACGAAGAAUCGGAGCUCAUCUACGAGGAGCUUCGGGCCCUGGAUAUCCGAGUGAGGGCGAGGAAGCCACCGCCGAACCAGGCGUCGUCGGAGGAGAUGGUGGCGGACGGCGGCGAAUUCCACAGCGAGAGAUUGGCAAUCGCUUUCGGGAUUCUGAUGAGCCGCCGCGGAGGCGGCUGCGCCGUCAGCGGCGGAGCUGAGCCGAUGAGGAUCACGAAGAAUCUUAGGGUUUGUGAGGAUUGCCAUGACUGGACCAAGUCUGUGUCGGUGGUGAUUGGCCGGGAGCUCGUCGUGAGGGAUUCCCGGAGAUUCCACCACUUCAAAAAUGGCCUCUGCUCCUGCGGAGACUACUGGUGA